AAAAACCCGUACCAACACGGGUUGAGAAAGUGCCACAACAAUCUGGUAUGGAUUCAAUCAAAAACGAAACGGAUACUGAAAAGGAAAGCUUGAGCAGUGAUGAAGGAGAUGAGUUGCCAUCAAUGGUGACAGUUUUGCCAGUAAACUCUGAAAACACAAUUCCUUCCAAGUAUGAAGGGCCAUAUUAUGUAUCUUCAUCCUCAGAAAAUCGUUCAAUUCUUGACAUUCCCGGAGAAUUUGAGUUUUUGAACAGUGACAAUGUCUCGGAAAGCCAAAAACAAGCAGUAAAAUUUGGCGUACGGGUUUUUCGUGACUGGCUAAAUAAGCAAGGUGUAAAUUUUCGAUCUUUGGAAGAGAUGACCCGAGAAGAUAUCGCCAUAGCCUUAGAGCAGUUUUAUUUGACAGCACGAAGGCCAAAUGGGACACAAUACAAGAAGAAUACUUUGAAAUCAAUCAAACAUUCGUUGGAUCAUUACUUGCGUUCAUCUCCAUUGAAGAAAGAUUUUUCCAUCUCUUCAGACUUUGAUUUUCGUAAGGUGAACAAGACCUUAGACAGCCUUCCAGAAGACGCCGAUCCAAACCGUUUUCCUCAGUUCACGAAAGAUAUUAUACUUAAACUGUACGCAAAGGGUCAGCUUGGCCUAACAACAACGGAUGACCCAACUAUCCUGAUUCAGACCGUGUGGUUUUAUGUCGUAUCUUAUUUUUUUGCAAACAUAGAUAAGCGCAUGCUGCGAGAGCUUAAGGACACGAACCUUGUCUUAGAGAAGGACCACGAAAAUCGAGAGUAUUACUGGCUCGACUAUCAGCCACCAGAACGCGUUCGUGGUGACGUCAUCAAGUCCCGAAUCUACGCUAGACCAAAUUCUUUGUGCUGUCCUGUCGCCAUCAUCAAAAAGUACAUUGAACACCGCAAUCCUCGCAAUAACGUUCUAUUUCAGCAUCCAAAGUCGAUCAAUAGUGUGGUUUGGUAUUCCCCUUUGCCUUUGGGUAAAAAUAAACACACUGAUCUCAUGAAGUCGAUGUGCAUGAAUGCGGGCGUAGAGCCGCCUUUGACGGGGCGUUGUAUUAAGAGUUAUGUGCAACAGUUGCUUCAGGAUUGCGAUGACAAAGUAAAUAAAAUGUUCCGGCUUGAUGGACCGUCGAAUGGUUUCAUCAGUAAUAUACAAGCACCCAUUGUACCUCCAUUUAUUGUUGGGAUGCCUAAAUUACCCUCAGCAAUGGCCAGCCAUGAAGCAAUUGUUACAUCCACAACGUCUGUCACCCCAUGUAAAAAAGCUCGUGACGUCACAGCUGCUCCAGGCACAACAAAUGGGAGUAAGCAUGUCACAUCACAAUGUGCACAGAGUUUGUUGGAACUAGAAAACAAUAAAAUAGCUAAAUCACUUGGAUUGAACACCUCUCUAAACUAUACAAGCCAUUCCGACGCAAUGGGCAGCCAACCCAGUAACUUUGUGUUUCCAUAUCUGGGGAAUUUCCCGUCCAUAACAGAUUUUGCUAAACCAAAGGACUUAUUUAACGGAAAUUCCCUGUUCAAUUCGUCCUUCUUCACAAACGGUUUUGAUCACAGUAAUACUGGUAGCAAAAGUUAUUUUACACCAAACCACUUUUAUUUCAAUGGAAGUAAACUGGAUCAAAAUUCUUCUAACACCAACUUUAUGGUGACUAAGCCAACACCCAAAGAAAGAAGGAAAGAUGAAGAAUCACCCACACAUCAAGUGAGAUUUAUGGAAAUAUCAACUCAGACAGAGCCACAAGACAAACAAUGCCUUGAAUCAGCUUAUCAUAAAGCGGACUUGAAAACUCGAAAUAGAAUGCGUUAUCAGGCUCGUAAGUCUUUGCUCUGUUUCAUGGAAGAGCUUAAUGAAAUUUCUGAUGGUCAUGGUAUGGAGUUAUUCCACGAGAUUGUUAGAGAAGACACUACUAUGUUGAAAUCAUUCACUCAUCUCUCAACAAUAAAGUGA